AUGGCAACAACUGGCACCCGCCCGCAACGAGCCCCUCUGUCACCCUGGAGACGAAGCCAGAAACGUUCCUUAGAGCCCAAAGACCCACGGACAACCACUUCCGGUUUCAGCGGCACCGACUUCCCGGAAAUGACGCUACUUCGGGUCUUCCCAUGGAGACGGAGUGAAGCUGUUGCGGCUAUCGACGGACGCCCUAUCCUUUGCCACCUCUAUGAUGGACGCUCGCACAGCUUCUGCGCAUCGGAGGCAUCCUUGGGAAGGUCAAGGGACAAAGACCCAAAAAGAUCAUCUAAGGACCUGAACCUUGAGUACACUCUGCGAAUGUUGGACAAGAAUAUCCGGUACCUCGCAUGGCAAAUGAAACGCAUCUCUGGCCCGAUUGCACACUCUCCUGUAUCUAGCACCACUGUGGAGACUGUCGCUUACAGCUGGACCCAUUCAUCAGCUGGUAGCCGAUCCAGAACGCCUCCAUCCCUGGCGUCUGUUGAUCGGGGAAGAGAUGUUCAGAGCUGGCAGCAGCAGCAGCAGCAUCUCACCAGACCCACAGGGGUCCACCUGGAGGCCCUGUCUCAUCACAAGGUAGAUGUCAACAUACAUCAGAAGCAGCUGAAGAAGGAAUGGGGAGGAGCCACCGCCCAUUCCAAGUCCCUGACCAGACUGAUCCCCCUGGCCCCUGUGCUGCAGCCAGCAACACAAAGGACAGAUUCUCACAUUCAGAUUGGUGCUUCCAGGAUCUUUUUCCUGAACUACAGGGAGCAGGAGCUGCUCAACUGGCACAUCCAGAAGAAACGCCAACAGAAGGAAGUGGCCUCCUUGCACCUGCCCCCAGUUGCCACCAGGGCACUUAUGGGUAGUGACGGAACUCAGGCAGAUAGGCUGAUGCAUCAGGUGUCCCAGCAGCCUCCUGCAACUCAGCAGUCACGCAGCCACACUCCCCCUCAAAGCAGCAUAGCAGACCGCCGCACACCACCCAAGACCCCUCGCUCGCAAAGCCCAGGGCCCAGUGCAUGGCCACUGAUACCUCCUCCAGAAGACUUGCCACUUCCCCCCAUGCUCAUUUGCAAGAGCGAAAGCCACAGCAACGUCCGUGAAUCUGUAGAAGUCAAACUGAGCUGUGGGACUCCCAAGGAAGAACUGGCAGAAAUGCUCACCAUGUUAGGGCAAAGCAAGAGCCCUGCGUUUAGGGACUCUGGGAGACCCGGGACCCCCAAGGAGAAAGAGAAGGUCAGCCAUGGCACUGGUGGGAGACCUGGCUCUCCCAAGGAGGAUCUUGACAGGGUGGGAAGAGUUGGCAGCCCCAAGGCCAAGCAGGUGGAAAGCAAGGUCAGCUCGAGGACAGGCCAGGUAAUGCAUACAUUAAGCUGGACUAAUAUGCCUGAAAUCCAAAGGCCAAGUCAGACCCAGAAACAGCCAGAUGCUGCCAGGCCAAAGUUCUUGGACCCAUCUUUCAUGUGCCAGAAUCAACUAGAGUUGCCUUGCUUUGCCACAGCAGAACAGAACCAGAAAAGUUACACACUUGCAGAAUCUCCCUUGCUUCCUCCUGCUAGAUCUCCUAAGCCCCAGUGUCUGGCCCACACUAUUCUACAGUCUCUGGACACUGAGCAAGCAAUGCGGGACCUGAAAAUGCAUCUGGACAAAGGGCUGGAAACAGGGCACAACUCACCAAGCGUGGAGUACCCGAUUUGCCUGCUAUGUGGCCGCUGUACCCCGUAUUGCCCCCACCCCCGUACGCGGCACAGCCCCUGCCUCCUUGUCUACCCACGGUUGGAAGUGCAAGAUGGUGAGGCACAUAUGGCCCUCGGCUUCCUCCUUAAGAUCAAGAAGUCUGAAGCUGAUGAAUGGGGGUUAACACAAAGAAUGGACGUCCUCAAGACACCCCACAGCAGAGAACGUCUCUCAAAGGGAGAGAAGAGUAGGCGCAGCACUCCACAUAGAAAGAGCCAGGCCCGUGCAGCUAGACCUCAGGAACCCAAGACCCCAGAUAGGACACCUCGUGUUGCUAGGCAGCUCUUUCCUGAGAGUGGUAACCAAAGGACUAGAGGUCAGGUGGCUACUCCCAAGACCUCUGAAUCAUCUAUAUUACAACAAUCACCUAAAACUCAACAAUCAUCUAAAACUCAACAAUCAUCUAUAAUGCAACAAUCACCUAAAACGCAAUUCCGCCCAUCAGCUGCAAGGCCACUCCCAUCAACUCCAAUGCAGGUUCAUCCCAAGACCCCUGAGAAGCCCCCCUCUAUUCUGAAACGGCUGAUGUCCAGCAUGAAGCGUGCUUGGGCCAGGAUGCAACAGGAAAAAGAGAAAUGUUCUGAAAUGUGCCCUGAGGUAUGCUCCACUAAGAAAAGCUCCAACAGAAGCCCCAAGAAGCCCCUGCCUGCCCCUGUUUCUCCUGAGCCCCGUAAAGAACCAGGGACUCUUUCCACUGCAACCCUCACAUCUGUGGCGCAAAAGAAAGGAGAGUUUUCAAAUGCCAGGCAAGCCUCUCCUUUGUUCACCAGUAAAGAAGAGGCUUCUUCCUUCAAAUUAGCUGCUCCCCAGACCCCCAAAACAGUGGGGACUCCUAUAAUCAAUCAGGCUUCUACCCAUAGGUAUAGUUCCCCCAGGGACCGCAAGAGAUCAUCCCUGCAUUUUAAAGAGCCAGAUUCACCUUGGGUCUCCAAGAAAGGAGACAGUAGCUAUAAAAAGUCUGCUUCUCCUAGGACACCAAAGAGAUCCCCCAGUCUUCUAAGGAAGACACCCUCCAGGCAAAGCACCCUCAGGGUCCCCAGUCACCCAGACUCUGGCUAG